GACGCUACACACGCGAGACCAUCAUGGCGCAGAAUAUCUGGCUCGCAGCAGGCGGCGAGGGCAGCCUCGACCGUGUCCGUGAGCUCGUCGAGCAGGGCACCUCACCCAACGCGUUCGACGACAACUCGUACUCGCCCCUGCACGCCGCCGCCUCGUGGGGCCACAGCGACAUCCUCCGCUUCCUCGUCUCGAACGGCGGCGACAUCAACCUCGCAGACUCGGACGGCGACACCCCCUUGUACGUCGUCGAGUCGAUCGCCAUGGCCAAGCUCGUUGUCGACCUCGGCGCAGACCCGCGCCAUGUCAACGAGGAGGGCCUCACCGCCGCAGCGGUGCUUCAAGAAGAGCACCCGCACAUCGCGCUGUACCUGCGCACCCUCACCGGCGAGCCCUCGCCCUCGUCCGCGUCCGCCCCCCUCGACCCUUCCGCGCCCGCACCCGCACCCGGUCAGCCCCAGCCCAACCUCGACGCACCAACCGACGCCCUCAUGCAGGCCGUGCGCGCCAUCAUGGAGCGCUCGGAGCGGGGCGACAUCUCGGAGCAGGAGACGGACGACCUCCUGCGCGAGGUCGUCGAGCAGGCCGUCGGCGGGCAGCUCGAGGCGGGCCGGGCCAUCGGCGAGCAGAUGAGCGUCGACGACGAGCAGGCGGGAGGCGCCCACACGAGGGCGAGGACCGCCGACGAGAUGGCCGGCGAGCAGGGCAAGCCCAAGCGGAGCAGGGACCAGGACGACAUCGGGCGAUGACGUAGCUUUCGCGCUUGCAAUUCGUAGAGCAUCUCUUCGAGCAC